AGUCGCUUCCUCACUCGCCCGCGCGCGCUCGCGACUGCCGCACGUACGAGAGACUUACAAAUCGUGUCGAAAUCGAAAACUAUCGACAGUUAGUUCGUACCUUUGUGACAAUGGCCCCUUCUGCAAAUGCUGUCGUGGGGAUUGACGAUGAUCAGCGUUUUGCGUUAAUGAAGUUCCGAAGGAGUGUGAAAGAUGUCCUGAAACCGGAACAUAAUGACCAUUACCUUUUGCGAUGGCUAAGAGCAAGACAAUGGGAUCCAGAGGCGGCAGAAAAAAUGCUCAGAGAUUCUCAAAAAUGGCGGGAGAAAUGGGGCAUAGACACAACUCUUCAGACUUGGCAACCUCCAGAGGCGUUGGAGAAACACUUUCCUAGUGGAAGCACUGGUUUCGAUAAAGAAGGAUCGCCAAUAAUCAUCGUGCCCUUCGUGGGCCUGGACGUGUGGGGUCUCCUGCACUCCGUAACUAAGACUGACGUCAUCCGCAUGAUCUUGCGGCACUUGGAGAACUAUCUCGCAGUCGCCAGGAAACAGGCUGAGGAGCAUGGUCCUGCUGCUUUGAAGGUGACAGUGAUAUUCGACCUGGAAGGGUUUAACAUCAGACAGUACGCGUGGAAGCCGGCCGCGGAGAUGGUGUUCACGUUACUGCAGCUGUACGAAGCCAACUACCCUGAGAUCUUGAAGAUCUGCUACAUUAUCAAUGCGCCAAAAGUAUUCUCCCUAGCGUUCUCAGUGAUCAAGAAGUUUAUGCACGAGUACACGAUCUCUAAGAUCAAAAUUUUCGGCUCCGACCCCAAGAAAUGGCAGCCACAGGUCCUCAGCAUCAUAGACAAGGAACAGCUGCCGGUGCACUAUGGAGGUACCAUGGUGGAUGAGAAUGGAGACCCGAGGUGUUCGCUUAUUGUAAAGCCAGGUGGUAAAGUUCCUAAAAGCUACUACUCAAGCAAUCCGACGUUCGAGUCUGAGAAACAGUACAAGCGAGUCACAAUCAAGAAUGGAGAGAAACACGUUGUCGACCUACUGUGUUCGGAUAACGACAGUGUUUUGAAAUGGGAAUUCGGAAUCGACCACCACGACAUAAAGUUCGUGAUAAAGCGGCGAGACGAGGAGGGUAACGAGACUGUCGUGCACGGACCCAGGAAGGUCGCCGAGGGACCCACUGAUGUCGGAGUGCUGGCUGUUACUGGACCUGCCACUUAUUCCGUAAUAUUCGACAACAAGAGUGCGUUCCGCAACAAGAAGGUUUACUACGACGUUCUCAUCUCCGUGCCGACCAGAGACCUGAACAUCAGCGAUGAUCCCGUAGACGACGCCAAACCUGCUGCGGCCUGCAGUACAACUCUAUGAAAACAUGGACUGUGACGUCAUAAUACACUAUUGUACCUCCUACUGAAUAACUUUUCCUUAGAUAAAAUCGUCUAGAAAAUACACGUUAAAAUUAACAGCGUUUUUAUACUAGCGGAUUUUGUAUUGUACAUUGUUUGAUUCGCGAGGCAAAAAUCGGUCGCGCAGUUCCAGGCGUCAUCUUUUGAACGCGCGACAACGCCCUAACGCUCCGAGCAUUUCCAUAUGCCGCGUCGGAAAACCGAAUGGAAAAUCUGCUAGUUUGAAAGCGCUGUUAACUAAAAGGGUUAAUCAUUAUAAACAAUGAAGACUACAGACGCCUUUUGUGGUUCUGACGAGUUACAAAAUCCUGAGCCAAGACCAAGACUGAGCAAUAGGAAAUGACGUGUAGAGGAAGUCAGGCAUAGUUUCCUUCCUCUAUAUUGCACUACUGAAUUUGAUCAUCAUACUUAGUCACACUGGUUUCUCCACAGAAAAUAUAUGAGUAUCGUACCUGCUGUAAAAGAAACCACAUUAUAAUAGUGACUAGGUUUAAAGCUGGGCCUUUUGUGUUCUAAGUAUUUUGUCGUUUAAUACUUCAGAACUUUCUUACAAAUAGAUAAUUUCGAUGUUCUAUUUUACGAUACCUAGAUUUGUACUUUCUAGACAUUCUUAUUGGUUUCUAGUAGUUUUAAGUAUUUUUUAAGGGAGCAUAAGUGGUUUUUAAGAUAAUAACAAAUGCAAGGCAUUUAGGUAAUUAAUAAAGACAGAAGCAUUUCUGUGAUAGUUUCCUACAGAUAGAUUUAAACUCUAUUUUGCAAGUAAUAUUAGGUACCUACUAAUGAUCAAUAAAUACUUACAUAACAAUGCAAUACAUUAACAUGACAAUAUGAUAAGUUUGUAAAAUAAUAAAUGCGAUAAGGACAAUAUGACAUUAAUUCAUGAGAUAAUGAAAGCAACAACGGAUACUGUUUCACAAACAAAAUGUUUUCAUUUUUGCAUUUCAGUUCAUUGCAUUUAUCAAGAACCCAAUAGCGCAAGGAAAUAGGAAAAAUCCUUGGUUUUUCCUUUGCGCAAGACUUCAUCUGCGUGUUUUCAAACUGUAAAUAGAAUUUGUAAAUACUUUGCUCUGCCCAACUUUAAAAAUAGUUGUAAAUUUUUUUAUACUUUUUUAAUGUUUUAAAGUUGUGCUAGAAAAUUCUAUUACUACUAAUCCAGAGAUAAAAUUUGCUCAAUUAUAAUCUAUUAUUAAGAUAAGAGUAUUUUGUAUAUUACUGCUACAUUAGCAAUAGACCAAUAAAAAAUAUUACAGAA